AUGAACUUCAAUAAAAAGCAAAAAGUUGUAAAAUCAAAUACUGAAUCUCAAGAAACCACCGAGUUUUCAAAUAAUGAAAGUAUUGAAACUCAGUCUGAUAAUGAAGAAAGUAAAUCUGAUACUAGUGAAGAUCCAUCCCAAAAUUUUAAAUCUAUUCCAGAUGGAUAUAGACCUUUAUCAAAGACAA